AUGCAGGAGGUCAUUGCAGGGCUGGAGCAGAUCACCUUCACCUUCGAGAAGGAUGUAGAGAUGCAGAAGGGCACUGGACUCCUGCCUUUCCAGGGCAUGGACAAGUCCGGCUCAGCUGUGUGCAACUUCUUCGCUAAAGGGCUCUGCGAGAAAGGGAAGCUGUGCCCCUUCCGGCACGACCGAGGGGAGAAGAUGGUGGUGUGUAAGCACUGGCUCCGGGGGCUGUGCAAGAAGGGCGACCAGUGCAAGUUCCUGCACCAGUACGACGUCACCAGGAUGCCCGUGUGCUACUUCUACUCCAAGUUCGGUGACUGCAGCAACAAGGAAUGUCCCUUUCUCCAUGUGAAGCCGGCCUUCAAGACCCGGGACUGUCCGUGGUAUGACCAAGGUUUCUGCAAGGACGGUCCCCUGUGUAAAUAUCGCCACGUCCGCAGAAUAAUGUGUAUUAACUACUCGGCUGGCUUCUGCCCUGAGGGACCCAAAUGCCAAUUUGCACACUUGUCAUCCGGCCAGUGGGUUCGGCACCUCCUGCUUCUGCCUGGGAACCUCACAAGCCCCCUUCCCCGAAAGAGUGUCUGCUUCUCCACCCUCAGAUGAAGCCCCAGGAGCCCCCGGUCACUUACUGCCUGGGGCUCAGGGCCCUGGAAGAGGGCCUGUGUUACAGGUGUUGAAAAAUAAGCCAUUAUGCCAGUAAGAGUCAACUGGUAGAAGCUACCAAAAAAUACCCCUGGUGGGUCUGGGGAACUGAAGGACCUUCUAGUGAAGACGCCCAAAGGCCAUCCUAGGGGAUUCUGUUCUCAGCUAGCCCACUGCCUGCCUAACCAGGAAAGGAGGUGCAGAAGCAACCUGCUGUGUUUCAAUUUCCUCUUCUGUACGUGAACGAGCUACUGAAAAUAUAGCAGGAGCGGAGGCUGACUGAGUGUGGCAGGAACGAGGUAUUCAUAGAACGGGGGAGCACAAUGUAAGUAAAACCAAGAGCUCGAGUAUAUGGGAAACGGUCACUGUCCUGUGCUUAGCUCCCGUCCUGCCGCCGACAGUUCUGGGUGGCACGUGGCCUUCCUGUGCACACGGCCUCAGCUGCUGCUGUAAACGAACAAUUAAAUCAAGUGGUUUCUUUAGCAUGACAGCUGCUUCCCUAUAUGGCUUCCCUAAGUGUAAGACGAGAUUCUGUGCAUGCCUUCUGUAAGGAAUUACAGGGAGGUGGAUGGUACGAGUGAGGCUUAUCCCGGGGACGUAAGGAAGUGACAUGGAUCAGUGAAUGCCGUGUGGUCUCGGUCACUGUCUGAGUCAAACCCCAAUGCAACUUAAUCCACGGGGAAAGGAGCAGGGAGGCAAGGCUGCGCCUUUUGGAAGAAUGGAGAGAAGAGGGACGACACACAGUGCGCGGUAGGACCAGGCUCCCUGCCUUCGGCAGACGGAGGCAGCUGGCUCAUCCGGCCUGGAGCGGGAGGGUGAGGCCGAGGCUAAGAGGAUAGCCGGUCCUGGAGACAGAUUCGGAGGUCUGAACGCCAGCUCCAACCUGGGCUGCUAUGUGACAAACCCUACACAGCCAUGCAGGCAAAUUACUUAACCUCCUCGAGUCUGCUCCCUCAUUCUAGAAAACGAGUGUGGUGG